AUGUCUGAGGCAGAAACCGUGAAGGAGCCAUCGAAAACGAUCAAGACGUUGGAGGAGGACGACGAAUUUGAAGAUUUCCCAGAAGACGGUAAGUGUUUUGAGUCGGACGCCAUUGAACUAACGACAGACUGGACCGAGGAGAAGUCGCUGGGAGCUGUGCAACAGGACCAUUUGUGGGACGAGAGCUGGGAUGACGACGAUAACGAAGACGAUUUUACCAAGAAAUUGAGGUGA